AUGGCGCGGCAGCGAGACGUGGAGACGGUGCAGCUCAUCAAGUGCAAGUUUCAAAUGCGCAGACAGAUGGCGUUCGGGGAGGAACUGCGGUUGGUCGGUUCGCACGCGAGCAUGGGGGCUUGGGAUAUGACGAAGUCGCUGACGCUGACGUGGGGCGAGGGCGACGUGUGGACUUCGGACGACGUCGAGUUGCCCGUGGACGGGGUGUUCAUUUACAAGUACGCCGUCGUGCCCGCGGGACAGCCGGAAAUCGUGACCGAGUGGCAGCAAGGAAACAAUCAAGUGCUGACGCUCACGCCGGACGAUCUCCCGCGAUUGUGGGUCACGGAUAACUGGAGCGGGAACCCGGACAUGGCGAGCGUGUUCCGCGAGGGCGGCGAGGCGUCGAGCAAGGAGAGCCGUCUCAUCAACCGCGUCAAGGCGGCGGACGAGCGCGUCAAGGUUGCCGAAAUCGAGAACAAGGCGUUGAAGGGUGAUUUGCAGCAGAUGACGAUGCAAGUGAACGCGCUCCGCGAAGAAGCGCGCUUGGGUGCGAACGUGCGCAUCGCUCUCAAAGAACAACUCAGAGCAGAGCAGCGUCGUUCAAACGUUUUGGGCAGUCAAGUCGACGCGUGGAAAACAAAGUUCCAGCAACUCACCGACGGCACUCCGAGCAAGAGCGCCGCCGAAGCGCCUCCGGACGCCGCGCAAAAGAGCGCGAACAAGGGCAAAACGCGCUGA